AUGUUCCUGGCUCAAACAGAAAGUGGCUCACCUUUGCAUGCCCAUAUGUCAUCUCGUAUCCGAAAUCUCAGUUUGCGGUGUCAGGCCUGCUUGAUGUACCAUCUCUAUAACAUCAGAUCUCAAAGCGCUCUGAAGGCGUAUAGUAUCCUUGCCCAAAUGGAAGCCCAAAUACAAGAAGAUCAUGCUCAAAAUGGUUCUUCUGCUCCAAACACAUCGUCACCCGGUAGCAGCGUUCAUUCUAAUUCGAACCAGUCCGCUACCGUUGUUUCUAUGCCAAGCAGAGUUUACGAGGUGCAAAGACAGCAACUGAAAACUCUGCACCAACUUAUGUUUGCGCAUCGUACCUGGCAAGAUGCCGUGAAACGUGCGGACAUUAGCAACACAGAUAUGGGUUUUAUAGGAGGGCUAGAAAAAAUCUGUGGUGCAACAUUCUUGGAUGCUCCGCUAGAGAAAAUGUCUGCUUUCGUGUUAACUGGCAUCGCUUGGCUCAGGGCAGAGUAUGAGCGAGAGAAGCUUCGUCCACCGCCUCCCGUUGUCAAACGCACUGCCGCUCCUUCGUGA